GAUGUCGCAAUGCCCGCUUCGGCAACACCUGUUUUCUCUCUAGCCGGUUGGUGGUUGCUUCUCUCUGAAGGCCCCGUUUCUUACUCAAACACUGUCUGCAGAUUUAUGGAGUUGCGCUCGACUUCAUUCAUUGAAUUCUUCGAUUCCGUUUCCUUGUGAAGUUUCGCACGCACCACGCUAAAUACAGAUUUAGUACCUAUAAAAAUGCUUGUUUCAUACCAAUAACUUUUCUGGGUUUUGGAUGUUUUAUUGAAAGAAGAAGAAGAAGCUGUUUCAAUUGGGAUUGGGGAAGGACAGGAGAUGGAUAUAACGGAGAUGUCAAUAAUGCAUCAUGUGGCAAUGGUGCUGCUAUUACUUUGGUUGCUCUCUUGGUUCAAUUGGUGCCAUCCGGUCGCCUAUUUUGUUUCUCUCAUAUAUCUCUAUCUGGUUCAUGAACGAUAUGCUACAAGAAUGCGGAGGAAGUUACAGUUUGAAGAAAGAAAACAAGCUAAUCAGAGAAGGGUGCUUUCUGAUUCUGAGACGGUCCGGUGGUUGAACCAUGCAGUUGAAAAUAUCUGGCCCAUAUGUAUGGAACAGAUUUCUUCACAGAAGAUUCUCCUUCCCAUCAUACCUUGGUUCCUGGAGAAGUACAAACCAUGGACUGCUAAGAAAGCAGUUGUUCAGCAUCUGUAUUUGGGAAGAAACCCACCCAUGUUCACAGAAAUGAGGGUUCUCCGUCAGUCUUCAGAUGAUGACCACUUGGUUCUGGAGUUGGGGUUGAAUUUUCUCACAGCUGAUGAUAUGAGUGCAAUACUUGCUGUGCAGCUAAGGAAACGAUUGGGAUUUGGAAUGUGGGCGAAGUUGCAUAUAACAGGAAUGCAUGUUGAAGGGAAGGUCUUGAUUGGGGUGAAGUUUCUUCGUGAUUGGCCUUUUAUCAGCCGUUUGCGGGUGUGCUUUGUUGAGCCUCCAUAUUUUCAGAUGACAGUCAAGCCUAUUUUUACUCAUGGUAUUGAUGUCACAGAAUUUCCAGGGAUUGCUGGAUGGCUAGACAAGCUUCUGUCUAUUGCUUUUGAGCAGACACUUGUUGAGCCUAAUAUGCUGGUUGUUGACAUGGAGAAAUUUGCCGCGCCGCAGCCAGAAAAUUGGUUCUCAAUGGAUGAGAAGGAGCCUAUUGCUUAUGCUAAAGUUGAAGUUGUUGAAGCAUCCGGCAUGAAGCCAUCGGACCUAAAUGGAUUGGCCGAUCCAUACAUAAAAGGCCAAUUAGGCCCUUACAGAUUCAGGACAAAGACGCAGAAGAAAACUCUGGCUCCAAAAUGGCUUGAGGAGUUUAAGAUCCCCAUUAUUACAUGGGAGUCACCUAAUAUCCUUUGUAUUGAAGUUCGUGACAAGGACCAUUUUGUUGAUGACACACUUGGAGACUGUUCUGUGGACAUCGGUGAUCUUCGGGGUGGCCAGAGACAUGACUUGUGGUUGCCUCUUCAGAAUGUUAAAAUGGGGAGGUUGCAUCUUGCAAUUACUGUACUUGAAGACAAUAAAAAGGCGGAUGAUCAUCCAUUUGAUGAGGAGACAUUGAACAUGGAAGAUAAAAUAAAUUCCUUUACGGGUGAGACUGCCAUUAAAGCUUCUCUCUCAUCUUUAUCAUCGGAAAAGUCUCCAAGAGUGCGGGAUAAUUUUGAGCCCAUUGAUAUCGAAGGGCAAGCAGAUACUGGUAUAUGGGUUCAUCACCCGGGAAGCGAAGUUUCGCAAACAUGGGAGCCUAGAAAAGGAAAGAGUCGACUCAUUGAUACUGAAGUUCACGGGGAGCCUAAUGGUUCCAUGAAUGGCUCUGGUGCAGCAGCAUCUGGGUCCCCUAACAAUGACACCAGCAGCACUGAUGAAAACCCUGACGAAAAGAAUCCAAUGAAAUCAGUUCAGAGAGGCCUAAGGAAGAUUGGUUCCGUAUUUCACAGGGGUCCCAGAAAGGAGGAUCAAACAGGCAGCUCCAUGGAACCUGUUGAGUUGCCACAUGUUAAUCUUAGGGAAGUCAACGAGAAGGAGAUUGGUGUGAAGUUGGUUGUGGAAGACAACAAUUGUGGGCCUGCAUCUGAUAAGAAUCCCACGGAAGACAAUGCAAGUCCUAGAGGAAGCGAUCCUGAAAGCCCGAGCAAAGGAAAUAUGAAAAAUAUGGCUAAGAGUAUUUUAAAACAAGCCGGGAAAUCUGCUCGUGGCAUAAAGCAUGCACUUUCCCGGAAAGGAUCAAGAGUAUCUCGAGCCAAUGCAUCGGCAGAAUUAGAAAGGGAAAUCACAGAGGAAUCCAACUGUUCUGAUGAUGAAUCAAGUUGUUCCCCGGGAGUUGAAAAGAUGUCGGUUAUUACGGAGACCAUAUCCUCUGGCCGAAGUAAUGAUGAUUCCUUGGAUUCCAAGGAACAAGUGGUUAAGUACGAUUCAAAUGAAGAUGCAAUGGACAUUGAAGGCUCAAAAGUAAAUGAAAGUCUUGAAGACUUGGAAAGGAAAGAUGCCAAACCUGGGAGCUCUGACAGAUGUGGUGAUGGAGUGGAUUUGAAAGGAGACAAAAUAUAGUAUUUUAGAUAGAAAUUUUUAAAGGUAGAUGGUUGAUGAAUUUUGAAAACAAUGCUUGCUCUGUUGGUAUAUGGUUGAUUCUCUAGGCUUGAGUGUUUGCAACUUUCCACAGCCCUUUUUUGUCAUUAUUUUUGGUAGAGCGAGUAUAGCAGGAGGAUGAUGAGAAAGUCCGAAAUUAUUAUGUAAAUCCUGUGGAGGAAGUUUAUUUAUAAAAUAGCUUGUAAAAACAUUCGUUUU